AAACUUGUGGUAAUGGCAUCAUUAGGAUUUCAUAUGGUAAGGAGGAAAUGAAUUGGUUUGUUGCAUGCAAGAAGUUACAUGGGAAUAUCGGUCGUUGCAAUGUCCAAACAACAGAGAUCGCCUUGGCAUUUGGACUUAAAGAAUCAACAGACGGAAAUUAUAUCCCACGUCUUGAUAUGCAACCUGUUUUUGCAUUUCUUCCUCUAAGAACUUAUGGUCUGAAAUUUAUACUGCAAGGUGAUUUUGUUCUUCCCUCAUCCAGAGAAGAAGUUGAUGGAGAUAACCCUUGGAACCAAUGGCUGUUGUCAGAGUUUCCUGAUUUGUUCGUGAAUGCGGAGGGAUCUUUCUGUUCUCUUCCUUGUUUCAGGGACAAUCUAGGAAAAGCUGUAACAGCUUACAUGAGCUAUGUUCCAUUGAUCGGGGAAGUGCAUGGGUUUUUUUCUAGUCUUCCUCGAACGAUCAUCUCUAAGUUACGUCACUCAAAUUGUCUACUUCUGGAAGGAGAUGAAGCUACAUGGGUGCCUCCUUGCAAGGUUGUCCGAGGUUGGAAUGAAGAGGCUCAAGUUCUUUUACCUGAUCUUUUGCUUCAAAACCAUCUUGGCCUAGGAUUUAUAAAGAAAGAUAUAAGUCUAUCUGAUCCUUUGGCAAGGACAUUGGGGGUCGAGGAGUAUGGCCCAAAACUUCUACUUCAGAUUAUAACGUCUUUAUGCCAGAAAAAGGAUAGCCUUCCAUCAAUGGGUUUGUCUUGGUUGACUGCAUGGCUGAAUGCAGUUUAUAAAAUGUAUGUGCAUUCAGCGCAAGCAUCACGAGACCUUGGAAUGGGCACAGAUAUCAUAGAAACCCUCCGUAAGCUUCCUUUUAUUCCUCUCUCUGACGGAACAUUCAGCUCAGUGGAUGAAGAUACGAUAUGGCUGCACUCUGAUGUAUCUGGGAAUGACAGUGAGCAUGGAAUGGAUGCCUUUCCAAUGUUAUAUGCAAAACUCCGCAUUGUAAACCCUGCCUUCUUAACUGCAUUGGAUGCGGAUAUCUCUUGUGUAGACAUGUGUUCAAAGGACAACAUCAUCAGGAUGCUCCUUAUUGUGGGUGUCCAACGUCUAUCUACACAUGAAAUAAUGAAGGUCCAUGUCUUGCCUUCUAUAUGUGAUGACAAAAGUGCAAGAUGGAGCAACAAUCUGUUGACCGAAUUUCUCUGCUUUGUGUUUAUCCAUCUACAAUCUAGCUGCCCCAGUUGCCAUGUUGAAAGAGAUUUUCUGAUAUCAGAGUUGAGAAACAGAGCUUUCAUUGUAACAAAACAGGGCAACAAAAGACCGAUUGAGGUACCGAUCCAUUAUGGUAAAGAAUAUGGAAGCUCUUUUGACCUCCGUAAAUUUUUCAACGACAUUCAAUUGGAUUGGCAUGAGGUAGACACCAACUACUUGAAGCAUUCUUCAACUAAAUCUGUUGUUGGUGGAAAGAAAAAGUGGAAGAGAUUUUUUGAAGAAAUAGGCAUCACAGAGUUUGUGCAAGUAGUUAAAGUUGAUCGGAGAAUGGUUGAUAUGCCCGAUACAUGUUUUGGGAAGGCAGGAGUGGACAGAAACCACAUCUCCUCAGGAUCUGUAGCUGAGGAUUGGGAAUCCUUUGAGUUGGACAAUUUAUUGUCCUUGUUGUCAGCAAGUGGAAAUCGAGUUGGUUCUGAAUUUUUCUUAGAGGUUUUCGAUAAAUUGUGGGAUGAUUACUUUAGUGAAAAAACCAUAGGUUACUUCAACGAUAAGUGCAAUGGGAAUAGGAUACCCUUCAAAUCUUCAUUCCUAAACAGCAUCUGUGGUGUUCCAUGGGUUGUUUCGUGCAUUGAUGACAAACUUCACUAUCCUAAGGACUUAUUCUACGACUGUGAUUCUGUGCACUCUAUUUUGGGUUCUUUCGCUCCUUGCGCUGUCCCAAAGGUGAGAAGUAUGGCUCUUUUACAUGAUAUUGGGUUUAAGACCAGUGUUACCAUUGAAGAUGUUGUGGAAAUGCUGGGAGUCUGGAGAAGAUCAGGGACCACUUUUAAGUCUAGUGCUGCACAGAUGUCGAAAUUAUACAAUUUCCUUUGGAAAGAAGUUGAUACUUCAAAAAAGAAGAUUGUUGAAGAUCUCAUCUCAGAACCAUUUAUAUUUAUUCCUUCUUCAUGUGCCUCUGGGGUCGAGGAUGUUGUGUUGGGCUCAUUUUUGUUGCCAAAAGAAGUUUGUUGGCAUGAUUCACCUGAGUUAUUGACCCAAAUGGAAGAAAUUGAUUCCGAGUCUGGUGAAGUCGGAGCAAAGCAUAGCCUGUUGAGCAGGACAUUGUGCAAUAUAUAUCCAGGCUUGCGGGAUUUUUUUGUCAAUAUAUGCGGCGUUUACGAGAUUCCUUCUUUCCAGGAUCAUUUUCAGAAUUUGCUUUAUCUAUCAACUACUGUUUUGCCUUCACAAGCAGCAAAAUAUGUUUUCAAGGUUUUUCUCAAGUUGGUAGAUGAACUGAAAUGUGGAAAGGUUAGUUCUGAGGAUACUUUACAGGUUAGUGGAUAUCUUAAAAAAUCAGAAUAUACCGUGCUUCCCACCGUUCAUAAUAGAUGGGUUUCUCUGCACCCUUCCUUCGGACUUGUGUGCUGGUGUGAUGAUGAGAAGCUAAUGAAAGAAUUUGGGAGUUUGGAUAAAAUUGAACUUCUACAUUUUGGGGAGCUCACUGAUGAUGAAAAGGAGAUGAUUUCUGUCAAACUGCCUCUUCUCAUGCAUUCUCUAGGGAUUCCCACAUUUUCUAAGGUUGUAACUCGUGAAGCCAUAUAUUAUGGUCUAAUGGAUUCUAGCUCCAAGGCUUCUUUUGUAAACUGGGUUCUUCCUUAUGCGCAGCGUUAUAUUUACUAUGAACAUCCUGACACAUAUGCCAAACUGAAACAGUCUGGAUUUUAUAAUCUGAGUCAUUUGCGUGUUGUUGUUGUGGAGAGAUUAUACUAUAAGAAUAUCAUAAGGGAUUUGAGCGUUGCUUCUAAAAAGCGAUUGGAGACCACAACAUUUCUUCAGGGCAAUACUUUAUUUGUCACUCCAGAGUCUGAUUCUCAUGCCUUGUACAUGGAGAUUUCUCGUCUAUUCUUUGAUGGCACUCCGAACAUUCACUUGGCAAAUUUUCUUCACAUGAUCACAACGAUGGCAGAGUCAGGUUCUCGAGAGGAGCAGGUAGAGUCUUUUAUCAUGAAUAGUCAGAAGGUGCCAAACCUACCAGGUGAUGAACCCGUGUGGGCCCUCUCCUCAGGGUCUUUGUCUGAGGAUGAUGGAUCACUAGAGAACAGCAGCUUUUCAGCAACAAGAGAAGUGCCAAAAUUGUUUAAGGCCAAGGGAAGGGCAGGAGUUACCUCAACUUGGCCUCCUUCAGACUGGAAAAGUGCACCACGGUCAGCUUAUUCUCCUUAUAGCCAAGUUGAGACACAGGCAGUAACUAAAACCACAAGCACUUGUCAUGAAUUGAUUGGAGAAAGUGGCGGGGGCUAUGAGGCGAUUGUUGAGUUUACGACUGAAGAUGUAGCAGCAGCUUCUCCAAUCGAACUUUCAGUUUCUGAUAGAUCAAUAGAUGUCAGCAAUUUGCAUUCUUGUUCAGAUGUCUCAGCUAAUCAAAUUGAUACGACUCCAGUGUCUGAUCUACCGGACUUGGAUCAAUCUCAGUUGAUUGGGAGAACAAUGCUCAAUGUCAGCACGCCUGAUCCAGAACAAGCAAUGUUAACGGGAAACCUAGGAGAACGCGUUGCUUUUAGACAUCUUGCCAAGAAAUUCAGUCGGAGUUCUGUUAAGUGGGUCAAUGAAGAUGGCGAAACUGGUCUACCCUAUGACAUCACCGUAGAGGAUGGAGAAAGACUUCACUACAUAGAAGUCAAAACAACUCAAUCGGAGGAGAAAGAUUGGUUCUCCCUGUCUACGAAUGAGUGGCAAUUUGCAGAUCAGAAAGGUCAAAAUUUCAGCAUAGCACGUGUCAUUUUGCUGGGCCAUGCCAAAAACAAAAUCAAAAUAUUUUCAAACCCAGUUGAACUCUGUCGCCGCGGGAAGUUGCAAUUGGCCAUUGUGAUGCCAAGCUAGCCGGUAUGCCGUUAGUGGCUCAGGUGGUGUCAAGUCUCUCAUGCAUUAAUUAAGCUAUGUAGUAGUGACACCGAACAACCAGAAGUGCUGAUGAGUACCCUUGCUUAGAUGCAGAGAAGUUUGUUUCAAUCUUUCAUGAAGGAGAUGCAAGUGACUCGAAGAAGUCCUUCAGUGACUUCUGAAGAUGGUCAAGCUUUGUACAACUAGCCUUUAGAAUGAGUUGCGCAUGAUUGGGCAACUUGUGCCGUGUAGCUAUUUAGAUAGACUUAAAUUAAUCAUCACAUUUAUGUGUAAUCUCUUUAUGUAUGGUUUUCGAGAGUUAAUGGCAGGUCUUAAUUUAUACCA